CCUGAACGAUCUUCUCUGUACGCUAGGAGCAUCGACGAUGGAUUUGACGACAGGACGACUGUGGAAGGUUGAUGCGUUCGUUGGGCUCAUGGGGGAUCCGUACAUCGGUGGCACUCAGUUUGAAGGGGGGCAUCUCGCGAAUGGACUCUUGAUGGUGGGACACUUUCUGGCACAAAUCGACGACGACCGCGUCAAGGCAGUUGCACAGCACUUGCGUGACGCCGUGGACUUGUCUCGAUCGAAAGCGGGUGAUACCAAGGAAUUCACGACAGUAUUGGGGGAAUUCAAAAGGUUUCUGGCGAAUAUGCAAGUUGGCGUGCCGUACGUGGUCCCUGGUGGGUGGGAAGGCAAGUUGACUCGAAACGCCAUCCUGUACAUUGCCGAAAAGUCGACUGACGAUACAUACUCCCUCACGAUCUGCAACCGCGGUCCCGGUUCUGAAUACCAUCCAAGUCGACCCGAUCAGUUCAAGGUCAAGGUGCAGAGCUGCCCUACCAUAGAAGGAAUUCCUGCCAGUCGAUUCUUGGAUAUGUCAUUCUGGAGCAUGGUGUUUGCGCUAUGGUUAAAGUCGCCCCCGUCCGAGUACCAUCGAGUUGAGACGCUCUACGAUGUUCUCCUUCCAUGGCUGGCGGACUCUGUUCUCCCCACUGGGUUCCGCGUCGACGCAUCCCCGCACUUUUCUACUGCGACACGCAACAACACGGGCUUUGCCAAGAAUGUCGUGGAAGCGGCCAAGUUUCUCAUGCGAAAGCAAGGCAUUGCACCCGCCGCCAUCAAACGUAUCAUGUUUGACCUACGAUGGGAUAUUGCCAAACAACUCCACAAGGACCUCCUCGUUGUUCAGAACCCGACUUUGCCCUUUCAAGACGUAGCAACCGAGGUUAUACAAAUUUUGUCCGGCAUCACCUUCAUCGACUCCGUGCAUGGCACGCAUAACCUGUCCGCCUACGCUGCCGCAUCGAUCGUUGGGUUGUACUUUUCCAGUUCGACCUGUGGAGCGUGCAAGUCGUUUUCAUCCAAGCUCAACAAACUCACUCAACGUGUGGGUGCCGUGCGAUUCCCCAUCAUCGUCGUGCCGCUCGAUGGGACGGCCGAAGAAUUCGCAGACCACCUGAACUUGCUCCCCCCGUCCUGGCAUUGCAUUCCCGUGACCGAAGUUGAUGCGCGGAAAAAGCUCGUGCGAUUAUUCCGCGUGUCUGCGAUUCCAACGCUCAUUCUAACGGAUGCGACGGCGACGGUCAAGACACCUUUGGGUGUAAAUGUGGUGUUGGCCGACCAAAAUGGCGAAUUCUUUCCGUGGUUGCCCCCGUUCGAACUUCCCAUCGAGCGGCUCAACGACACCGAGUCGACUUGUCUUAGUUUUGCCAUCAAACAAACUGGGCUAGCAGCGCUCAAGCAAAGUGCCGCAGGCCGGCUGUCCACGGACGAACUUGUCGCGGUGCAAUCCCUUCUUGCUUCCAUUGAAGAAACAGCAAAACUACUUCAAGUCCAAUCCGCUAACUCGGUGGCAGAUUGGACUCUGACUAAACAAGUCCCCGUGCUGCCGUUUGAGCACUUGGAGCACUUUCAGACAACGGACGUUGAUGGAUACGCAGGCAAUGUGGCGGAAGCUACCGUACCUGUCCUCACGAGCAUGCUGGACAUUCCGCAAGAAGUGACAAGUCUGGUGCAGGUGGCGACUGCUCUUCAACAAUACGAACAAGUAUGCCAAGGACUCAUGCAUCGCGCAGGAGAUGGGUCGUCGUCGUCCCGGGUCGCGCUGCAUUAUGAAGUCAUUCACGUCAUCACGACACUGUUUGUCGAGAUUCUUCCAGUGCCGCAUCCGUCUAACUCCGAUCUUUGGCGCGGAGAGAUCACCAAGGGUACACAGUUGGAUUGCUUGACCCGUGUGCACAGCCUCAUGCUCACGUUUGGCGUGGUGUGGCAGUCGAUUGACCAUCCGUCGCGCAGCAUGGAUGCGACGCGGACCCUGGCCAGUGUCUGCGCGCUUGCAAUUUAUGAUGUCCUUCUUCGUAACGUUGCCGUGGAUUCUCCGUUGGAAGUAUCGUUGAUUGUUGCCGAAGGCUACGUGCUGGCGCAUUCGUUCUGUCAAAACUCGAGAUCCCUCGUGAACAUGACGAGAGCGAUGGAGCUUGUCCAGCCUUCGUUUAGUGUCGUGCGAGGCAGAGUGCUGGCCUACUUUGCUCAUCAACACAACGCAACCCCGAUAUUCGAUUUCCGCAUGCCUGACGAAAAAGUCGAGGUCAAAAAGUACAGUGCCACGAUCACGUUUCUGCGAAAGCUCAUGGAGAUGUACCAAUACCCGCUGAUUGACAUAAACGACGAAAACCCGCCGUCUGAGAUGGAAGCGCUUGUCGAUUGGCUGACCAGCGAAGGGACGCCACUAGCCCAGCACCACCCCGAGUUUGCCUUGACGAGAGAUUUGGUCACGAUUGUCAAGUUCCUCGCUACGAUGGAGACACAAGAAGACGAGCUCAUGCGACGCCGCACAGGGCUCCGGCAGUGGCAAAUGUGGUCACUUACGUUUGACGAAAACACGCGAUUUCGCAGACGACCAGGAGGGUAUGGCGGUGGAAAACUCAAAUGGGAAGUGUCUGGCUUCCGCGGAAACGACCAAGACAUUGCUGAUAUUGAAGUGAGUGGGUUCAAUGGUCGCAAGUUGUAUUUUGGUGAAGGUCCUGUUGUGAUCAGCCCGACAGCGCUGCCUGCCCUGCUCCACACGUCAUCGUCAGUGCUGACAGAGGACGACAUUUUACACACGAACACUUUGCCGCAGUUUCAAGGCACUUUGUCCAUGGAAGAAUCGGAGUACUUACUGUGCUACUUGACGGUGCCGUACACUCGCAUCCCACUUGUGCUCAACUUUUUCUCGUCGCGUGAUCGUGUCAUGUACCUCUUUAACACGUCCCUGCAAUCGCUGUUGCGUGCGGUGUUGUUUGAAGGAAGCGAUUGGGUGUACCGAGAUCCUACGGAGACGUCGACCCAGGCCGACGUGAUCACGCACGUUCCAUUGCGCAAAUCGACGUUGGCGCUGCAAGAAGAUGCGCUCGAGCAAGCGAUGGAUGCUCGUGUUCACCACCAAAAGGCUAGCGAUCACUUGGGCACGAUGAACGGUCUUCUGCUGAACGAACUGUCCCACAGCCCCGACGCGACCCUUCAACCAAUCUUGGCGAUGCUAAAAGCCAUCACGGAACUCGGCGACGCAUCAGUGCACUCGUCGGAUGCAAGUUUCUUGCUGUUCAUGAUUCACCUGGGGGUAGAUGUUGUUAGAUACGUGAGUUUUGCCGCGGUCGAGUACGCAUCUGCUGCAGUUCAGCCAGUCCUCCGCCAACUACGUGCGGAAUUGGUGGCUCAAAUUCAAGAUUUUGGCAUGUCGACGUUGGAAAAGUGGCGCGUGGAAGCCGAAGAGGCAAAUGACCUUCGCACGUCCUGUGUGAUCCAUUCGUACAUCGCGUUUAUCCACAUGAACUUGCAAGUGGACGAGUACACUGUUGAAAAUAUCGCCCAACUAAUGGGGAGUGUCUCGUACGUCCGAAAUUGGCACUGCUUUGGGAUGCGCGUCACCGUCGACGACGAAGACGGAAAGCUGUCGAGUGAGGAGCGGUUGCUUCGAUGGCUGCAAGCCCACGGCAUCGAUACGAAGAACGUCGCAUUGAGUUCGUUGGAAAAGUACUUGACUGACCGGCCGCUGUUCUUGAAGGUUGGGAUGGAUAUCAUUCAAGCUCCGAAUAUUCUGAAAAAGUCGAGUGACCAAGCGGCGCGAUCACCCCCUGGAUCUGUUCUCGAAAAUGAGAUUUUUGAGCUGUUGCAAGCCAAGCGGCGGUCCAUUGUGGCUUUCAUCAGCAAGUUACCGGCGAACGAAGUCAAUCGUCUCCUUAACACGAUGCUGAACAUUGCCCUUCGAACGCCAUCGGCUCAGACGUCGCACACUUGGCACGUGGAGUCAGGUCAGGCCGCCGUAGGGCGAUACGUAUGCGCGCAAGCAGAAAUGAAAGUCGACUUCGAAUCGGGCGAGAUUCUGUGGCGCAAUGAUGAGUUGAAACCCGUGCCGGACUCAAUGAUCCAAUUUUCCGACUACCGUCACCAAUUCGGCCAAGAAGCGUUGCAUUGUGGGCUUAUUGCACGUCAAACACACCGAUUGUGGAUCCACAUCAUCGGCACCAAGUUUGAACUCAUGGAAUGGGAUGAACCCACCGAGGAUCAAGGGAUUGGGACUCCGCAAAAGUACAUUCGCCAAGCUCCGACAUCCACCGGCUCGAAAAUGUACUGGGAAUGUCCAGCCUGUACGUGUGCCAACUUCAACGGCGACCAGCCGAACGCGCGCUGCGAAGUGUGCCAAAGUCCAAAGGAUGCCCCGGCACCAUUCUCACAAGAUGCUCCGGCAGCGGAAACGCCCGGGGGAUUCAUUGUCCAUAAUGUUACGUACAACCGCAUCGUCAAUCCGUACUCGAAAGAGGACCACCCCGAAGAGUCGGAAGUGUGGGCCGUGGUUUUGGUUCGAAAGAUUCUCAUGGCACUCUUUCCAGAAAACCACCCAACCAAGAAGCUCCCGUGCAUGUUCUUCUUGCCGGAAACCGUGCUCGCAUCGCACGCGACGCAGGUGAAAUUGAUUGGGUGGCACGAAAACAACCCGCCAAACUCCGAUUUCCAGUCGACUUUCAAGGAACUCGUCGUUUACCGCACCUAUGGCAUGGUGCACUUGUUUGCGUGGGUCAGCCACGGUCGUCGAUUGUGUCGCAAGCUGAUCUUCACGUCCAACGCCCGUUUGAGUUUGCACGGGUUUGUGCCGACAGUUGAAGGCCAGGGCCAAAUUGACGCGAGUGUUCAGUUUGCUGCUGGAGAUUUCAUGGAAUUGCAACCCGCAGGAGGGUCUCUCGUAAUCAUUCGUCGCACGCGCGGCAUGGAGACCUACGUGCCGCCUCGCUUGCUCCAGGGACUUGUGCACAGCGCAUUCCUUGAGUCGUUCAAGUUUUGGCUGGGCCAAGACAACGUCAUUCGCGGAGAGCCGUUGGAUUUGCACUCGCAGUGGUUUCGAUAUCAUUUGGAGAUAACGUUAGAGCCCCAUGUCAUGAUACUGCGGAAAGCAUCACCAGCAGGCAUCGACGUGGACACGACCGUCGCUGUAACGACUCCAUCGUCCCCUCCCCCUGCGCCGGUCACCCCAGCGGUCCCACCAGUUCCUGUAAAUGACGACGACGUUGUGCAACUCAUGGCCCUUGGGUUUUCGUACGCGGGUUGUGUCCUGGCGCUGCGAGAAUGCCGUAAUGACAAGGAAAACGCUGCCCAGUGGCUGCUCGACGAAAAUAACCAAGUGAAACUCAUUGAUGCGGAAGCAACCAUCAUGUUGGCCGACGCCGUUGUGGAGGAGUCGGCUGUGCGAGCGUCCGUGAAGGAAGUCAAAUCUGUUCAAAAUACGUUGACCGACGGGGACUUAAUUCUGAUCAACCCGCUGAACGUUCCAUCGACGGAUAGCACAGUCGCAUGUCUUUGCAAAGUGCUUUCGCGAGUGGAAGAUUUAUCGCAUGUCUUGAUUUGGACGAAAGACUUGGACCACGAGAAUCUGGCGUCAAUUGAAUCGAUCGAGUUGCCACGGCUCAAGUUGAGGCUCGAGCCCCGCGUCGGGUCAGACGAUGGGAUUAUUCUACUUUACUUGGCCGACCAGCCAGAUUGGUUUGUAUGCUUGGACGUUCCAUCAUCGCUGAAUGCACUGAAGUUGCCCAAGGAUUGUCUUGUUUUUGCCACGUCACGAGACGAACUGCGCGUUCUUGUGCCAAAUCACGACUUGUAUCGGCCCAUGGUGCAUGGCGAGCCGUUUUCAACGACGAUUGUGCCGAAUCGAGCGUCCGCAGGCUGGCAGCACGUGAUGGAAACGCGGUACUACUUGUACCCCGUCCACACGAGUCGUCGUUUUCUUUCGAGCCCGUCGUUGAGUGCUACAUUCUACUUGAUUUUGCUACACUUGAUGGCCCGACAGUAUAACGAGGCGGCCCAGUACAUCCGAACGUCCCACAUCGACGUCGAAUUCACAGACGAAGAAGCGUGGAUCUUCAAUCAAGUCGCGAAAACACUCGACGACCGACAUCCCGACGCCUGUGCGUGCAGGGUGCUCUUGAAUUUGGCGGUCCAGUACAGCACCAACAAGUGUCCGUGGUGCGUGUCGGACGAAUUGCACACGGUAGAGACGAGUGUCGCUCACGUGCAGUCGGACUGCCGACUCACGCUGGAAGAAGAGAGUGAUGCGCUACGACGAAGUGCGAAUAUGUCGUCGCUGCUCCAAGCUCGCUUGGCCAUCUGCCAGAUGCCGACCCUAGGUACUGUGGUGUCGCUAAAACCCGCGCGGCUCAAGGUCGGUGGCCAGCCCUGGAUUAAAUUGAAUAUGCUCAGCACGACGUUCUUGAAAGAUCAUGCGUCUGGGCUGUCAAAUGUGCGGUACAAAGCCCCUGCCGAGAGUUUGGUCGAUGAAGAGUGCUUGAAGUUGGUGUGGGACCACAUGGUGGUGGCCGACGAAGCCAGUGGGGCCAACCGCGGUUUAGGGUGCCUGUUCUUGUACCAGUGUUUCCAACGACGCGUCAGACUGCUCCUCUUCGGAGAAGAUCACACGCGAUCUUUGGCUGAACUGCUGAGCCGCUUGCUGCACUUAAAACUUGCGCGAUGGGGCAAAGAAGUCGUGGACGACGGUGAGGAAGAGGCUGUGGUGCCUGUCGCAAUUGCCCAACUUAGUGCAGUUCUUGCGAAUCCGUCCCACGAAUGGCCCGCAUUACCGACAGACGCCAGCAGCGUGAUGCAACUGGAACGCGGCAUCAACUUGUAUUCCAAAGCAAUGAAGGAUUCGAUGCUCAAGCAUUUCUUCGACUUGACUCUAGCUGAAAUGGAAACGGUUCUCCACACGAAGCAGGACAUUCCCUAUCUACGCCAGCAGCUCAGCCUCGCCCACAAAUGUGUGAAGGAAACAACGGUAACAGUCGUGGAAUCUCCAUUCGCAUUACGCUUGGCCCCAACCAACUCGAGCUGCAACAUGCGAGUCAUCUCGUGCGACCUGAACCCAGUAGAACCACUGAAAUUCUUGGACGCUACUCGCUAUGUCGUCCACACCCCGCGAGAAAAGCAAUCUGCUUCGACAUUGCCUUUCAAUUUGAGCCAUCAUCCGUCGGCGCAAAGUGUGGUGGCCAAGGAUUUGCUCCAGCGGCUAGCUGAAGAUGUCAAAAAUCACGCUGACGCGAUCAAUUCCACUCAAGAAGUGUUCUUCAGUGGCAUUGUCCGUGGGAACUUCGACUUUACAAAGGCACGAACUCAACUUGCACAACUCGUUUCGGAGUGCACAGUCCAAAGAACAAAAGACAAAGCUCAACUCGAAGCGAACAUCCAAAAACUCGAAUCGCGUAUCAACAACGUGCAAAUGUUUGCGACCGACUCAGCUGAGGCAAAGCUGGCGAAGAGUCGCUUCUUGCUUUCUCGGCAAGCCCACCAAAUCGAACCCGCCGACCUGAACUACAUCAUCGCAACGUUGUCGUCGACGGCGAUGGCGGGCGAUCUCCAACAAAAAAACGCAUUUUUUUCAUCGACCGACCUGCCAGCAGUGCUGAGACUCGUGCAAGAUGUGCUGUUUGGAUGCAAUCGCAUCAAUCAACUCAAUCGACUCAUUCAGUCCGCAGACAAUUUGAAGCGCUUGACAUAUAGCGUUCAUGUUCCGCACGAACGUCUGCUCCAUGCCUCCCAGGACAUUGCCCAUCAGCUGAUCGCGACACGAUACUACAUCAGAGAGCACAAGUUCGACCCGCGCUAUUUGGUGUUUGAAUAUGUAUUUGAGUUGAUGCUGCGGUCCCGUCAAGUCGAGAUGGUCGACAGCUUCAUGCGGAGCUUGGGCAAUGGAUCAUCGCGUGUGCAGCAAAUGAUCAUGGGCGCGGGGAAGACAACUGUUGUGGGUCCGCUACUCACAUACAUGUUGGCUGACAGAACGGUCCUAAUCACGCACGUCAUGCCGACUGCGUUGCUUGAGCAAUCGCGAGCUGUCCUACGCAGCCGAUUCAGUAAUGCGAUCUUGGCCAAGCGCAUUUUCACGCUGAGUUUUGACCGCAGCGUCGACGACAGCCCAGAGCUCGUGGUGAAUUUGGCGACCAAGUUGAUUCGAGCGUGUCGCCAAGGCGACGUGAUAUGCGCAUCCCCCGAAGCGAUCAAGUCACUCUUUUUAAAAUUUGUCGAGCUGUUGCAUUCGGUGGACGAGUCGACGUUUGAUGCAGACUUUGACUUGCACGACGUGUCCAAGACGGGCCAGCGCAUUCGAAAGCUCCUAACUGCACGGUCGGACAUGGCAGAUGAGUUGCACCGCAUCCUGCGAUUGUGGCAGAAAGGAAUCUUGAUCAUGGACGAAGUUGAUGUGUUGCUUCAUCCAUUGCGGUCCGAGUUGAACUUUCCAAUUGGCAAUAAGUUUCCCAUUGAUUUGGCCGCGAAUCGAUGGGAGUUGCCUCUAUUCCUUCUCGACACAAUUUUCUCGAACGCGAAUGCGGCCCUCAACGACGCCCUUACGUACGGGUAUUCUAUCCAUGCCUUGCAGCGGUUCCCCCAUUUGGUACUGUUGGAUCAAGGAUUCUACCACGCUACGCUUCGGCCGCUGCUCACGGAGCUCUUGUACACUAACUGGCUCCUUCCCCACUUGAAAAUGGGCAAGAACAACCUGACCAAGGUCGAAAUUACUUCGUACAUCGAGAGCGAGUCCCUCAAGUCGUUCGAUAUCGUCGACUCGUUGAGCGAACAUGGUGUGAAACUCCUCAAUUUGUCCCGCGACUGGAUUCGAUCGUUGCUGCCUCAUUGUUUGUCCAAGAUCAAUCGUGUGUCGUAUGGUCUUCUUCGCCACCAUCACAUGCAGCAGACGCACACGCCGUCGAGAUUGCUCUUGGCCGUUCCGUUUGUCGGGAAGGAUGUGCCGAGUCGAUCUUCGGAAUUCGCUCACCCAGAUGUGUUGAUUGGGCUCACAAUUCUCGCGUAUCGGUAUGAAGGCAUUCGUCGUAGCGACGCCAAGACAAUUGUGUCCCAGUUGAAGCACGACUUUUCCCGGCAAUUGGGCCCGAGGGACGAACGACCUGCUUGUGUUUUGUUUCGUUCGUGGGUGGUGGAAGGCCUCGAAACGACAAAGUCGAUCCAUGGCGUACUCCCGCUUCCCUUGUUCCAGCUCAACGAUUCGUCGCAAGUGACACGGUUGUUGCAACUCAUUCAGUUCUUGCCAUCGGUCGUGCAUUACUACGUCCGCCAGCAUGUCUUUCCCGCGUGCAUGAAUUUCCAGAAGCUCAAAGUGUCCGCAUGCGGCCACGAACUCGGGAGCAAUAGUCUGUUUGCCCGACGGGUUGGAUUUUCGGGUACCCCGUCCAACUUGUUGCCGUUGGAUUUGGGCACGUGCCACUACGAACCCCAGUCGGACGGCAAUAUCUUCAGUGUCCUGACAUCUCCCCAAGUCACGACAAUCGAGCGAAAGCUAAACUGGACGGCGACGACCCUACUGCACGACAUUGCGACGAGUGACCCGCCGUUCCAUGCGCUGAUCGACACGGGGGCUCUCAUCACGGGCAUGGACAACGAACAAGUCGCUCGGUUUUUGCUCAGCCAUUUGCCCAUGUCGAUGGAAGGCGUGGUGUACUUGGACACGAGCGAUCGCCAGAUGAUCUUGCUGCGCGACCACAACGCAGCGUUGCCGUUGAUUCAGUGUGGUCUAAGUCCCGAAAAGCGGUUUACGUUUUACGAUCAAGUGCACACGACGGGCAUGGACAUCAAGCAAGGCAUUAACGCUCGUGCUGUGCUGACACUGGGGAAGGACAUGACGUUCCGAGACUAUGCGCAAGGCGCUUAUCGCAUGCGAGGGAUCGGGGCUGGCCAGACUAUUCACUUGUACCUUAUUCCCGAAGUCGAGAACCGCAUUCGGCAGGAACUAGAAGUCGUGGACGCGAAAACACUCGACGACUUUCGCUUGCACGUGCCAGCAUGGCUACUUGUCAACUCGAUGAAGAUGGAGUCGAUACAGCUCGUUCAGUUGUCACUCCAGGAGCUGCACAACAUUUGGCGCACCCGCGCCGUGGAAGCGCUUCUUCUCGACGUGGAUGCGAACAAAACGAGACACACGUCUGGCCAGCGCCUGCUUCGCUUUCAUCAAACACAGGCGCUACGACCAUGCGUUGAUGCGUUCCGAGUGGAAGGAUCGUACACCAUUGCGGCGCAAGUACCAGUUCCCCGUGCCAUCACGAACACGAUCGAAGAACUGACGUCGCUGCAUGCGAGUCUCCUCGAAACGACCGACUACGAUCGCGUGGCCCAAGUCACUGCGCGUGUCGCGACUUUGAUGGACAUGUCGAGUGACAUGCACCUGAACGCAGAAGUCGUUCAUGAAAACGAAGCCGAAGCCGAGGAAGAGGCCGAAGAGGAAGCUGAGCAGGAGGAGCAAAAAAUGAGCGCAUACCUCCGCGACGACGAGCACCCAGUUCCAUGGUCUGUAGAUUCGUUGUUGCAGAACCCGUCACAGGCAGACUGGUCAACUGGGUCCCACGCAUUUUAUCCGCUCUCGUUGUUCCAAGCGCAGUCUGCUUGUCGUGCGAUUGCGUUUCCUGGGACGAUGCUCGUGUCCGACAACUAUUAUCGCCGUCGGUGGAUUGGUCUGGGCGAGCGGCGCCUCAAGAACAUUGGGUUCCUUAUGGAGUGGCACCCCAAUGCAAUUCAAUUGCAUUUGAAGGAACGUAUCGGAGUUCACUUUGUCCGACUGGUCGGGACUGGGUUGGGUCCUACGGAUGCUGCAGCCCAAGCCAUUCACCUCGCGUCCCAAGACCCGAUUGAAAAUGUAUCGGAAGGGUAUGUUGUUGCGAUGUCUCUAGCUGAAGGGGAGACAGUGCGACGCAUGCUCCACUGCGCCCAUCCAGUGUUCAACAGCAGUCGUGUGCAAUUGCACAUGUCGGAUGGCGCGCUGAUGGAAUCGUCCCGAGCGGGGCCAUCCUUGGAAAAUCUCGCACAGGUGCUGCAGUCGUUUCGUUUUUUCAACAACGAAAUGUACUACACCCCACGACAGUUGACGGCGCUCUUGGGGGGACUUUCUGCGGUCCCCCUGCACCGACGCCACGAGUUUUUUCAGAGCACGUUGCGCCUGCGACGACGCGAACGACAACUUUGGGGUGACACGCCGUUGGCGAAGGCGUUCACAAAGGAAGACGAAUGGCACUUGCUCAGUGCGCGCGCCAAGAUGGAGCAGUUUCAACGAGGGAUCAAGGCCAAGAAGAUUGGGCUUGUCGCGGCGUGGCAUCGCUUUGACAUCAACAACCACGGACGGCUCUCGAACGACGAACUCUUGCGGUGUUUUGAAAGCUUUCAGCUCGGGUUCAGCCCAGGCGACCUGAACGAAAUCAUUGGGCUACUGGAUGGGCAGCAUGACGGCGUCACGAUUGCUAAGCUCGCGCAUGCGUUCGAUGUGGACCUGCUCGUGGAAGCCAAGGAAGUAGAGAGCGCCGCCGAUCGAGCAAUGCCGUGGCUGUGUGCGGUUUGCACGUUCAAGAACGAAGGAGACGUCACGAGCUGCAGCAUGUGCAGCGAACCUCGCGACCACGCGAAACAAGUCCGCGAAGUCGUUCAGACGUGGCAAUGCGAGAAUUGCACAUUCAUCAACCCCAACUCGGAAACCACUUGCGCCGUGUGCGAAAUCGGCGUAAGCGGCCGUCGAGAAGUGCCUAAGGGCAUGUGGGUGUGCGACCCAGACCAAGGCGGGUGCACGUUUUUCAACCCCAACACGUCGUUCUACUGCGACGUGUGCAACCGCGCCCGCCCCGACUUGUCGACCCAUCGAUUUUAGGUGGAUACCAUGUUGAACUUGUUUCUCGUCGAGGGCGUGUGCGAGAUUUUUUCUGCUAUUCGUGGCUCUCUCCAGCCUGUGGGUAUGCGCAUACCUUGAUUUACCAUUUGCUGUGAUGCAGAAGAAAAAAACGCGAGUCGAUGCCACUUAUAAAUUGCGCUGACUACGGCUCGCUGGUUGGUGCGCGCGUAGUGUCUAGAAGGGUUUCUUGGGCGGCUCUUCAUCACACGCCCACGGGUCAUCGUCGCCGUCGGCCGGAUUUGCUUCGGGCGUGUCUUUGAUGCCAAACGCUUCUUGGAUUUCAACGUACGUCUUGUGUCCGGUUUCAGGCACGACGACGCACACAAACACGACGAACCCGACCAGUAAAGCGACAAAGAUCAAAAACGCGUACGUGCCGAGGCUGUCGGCACUCGACAGCGCCGGGUAAAACACACCCACGAGAAAGUUGGAGACCCACGUAAAUAAGGUGCCGAUGCUGCCCGCGUUUGCAUGCAAAAAAUCGGGAAAGAUCUCGGACGAAACCAUCCACCCCAUGGGCCCGAUGCUCAAGCAAAAUGCCCCGACAAACACCCCCGUCGACGUGACGGACACAAUCGCGCUUUUGUACACGAGGGACAACAUGACACCGACGGCAGCGAUUGCCAUGACAAACAUACCGCCCAUGAGGAGCGUGCGGCGGUGAAACUUGUCCAUCACGUACGCCGCCAGGAUGAUCAUGGAUGUCCGUACGACGUUCACGAUGGUGUUGCCGACGCGAGGAUCGGUCACCCCCGCUGAUGCAAAGAUGCUACUCGAGUAGUACAUGACGGCGUUGAUGCCGCACAACUGCUGCGCCGCACACAGGACGAUCGCAAUGAUGAGUUGGGUGCGGUACUUGGAAGAGAACAUGGCUUUCCACGGAUUCACGCCAGCAGUUUCCUUGCGUUCUUCUUCGUGCGCGGCGAUGAGAGCGUUCAAAAUGGCCUGGGUGUUGGUCGGACGAUACAAGCGCGACAGUUCCACACCCGCUUCGUCAAAGCGGCCGUGGGCCACGAGCCACACGGGACUGAGGGUCACGAGAGGCAUGAGCAGCACUUGCAGCCCCCCCAACACGAUGGGGAAACCCACGAGAAUGCGCCAUGAAAACUCUUCUGCGUUCAGCGCGUAGUGCGCCGUCGUGACAGCCAGCGACCCGACAGCAACACCGACUUGGAGGCCGGUGGAAAACAUGCCACGCAUCUGGCAUGGUGAGAUUUCACUGAUGAGGACGUUGCACACGUUGAUGGCAGCACCGGACGCAAUACCCGAGAUCAUGCGGCCAAAUGAAAACGUGUAAAUGUCGCUCGCGAUGACUUGAAUUGUGGCGCCGACAAUCAUCACGAGCGCGUUGAGAAAGAGCGUUCGCUUGCGACCAAACUUGUCGGCAGGGUAUCCGCUAGCCAUGGCACCGAUGGCCCCACCGACAAUCCACGACGUGACAGCCAUCGUCCAUUCCGUGGACGAAUGACGCGGAAACAUGAUGCAGCUACCGACAGGGAUCACGGAAUCACUGCACUUUGCGUUGAACGGUUUAUAGUUGAGCUGGGACAACAACCAGCCAAAUUGAAAUGCUCCCAUGAGGGCGAUGCCGACUGUGAUCCAAAGCACGGCAGACGGGAUGAGGGCCUUGGAGUGUUCUUCGUGAAUCAUCGACUCGAGACGACUUAGACGGACACGCGACGUGGACCGGCGGGACGCGCGGAACGACCGUGCGCUCGAUUGGGACAGCGUACGUCUUGACAAGCCAGUGUCCCGGUUGUUGCUCUCCGACAUGCGCGAAUGUGGCGAGUCUUGGAUCGGCACGUACACGUCCUGGUCAUGUUGUGGCUGUGGCAACGUCGCUGCCGGUGCUGGGUCUGGUUUGGUCGUGGGCUCGGCCACGAGCGGUUCCUUGACGGCCCCUUGCGGUAUCUCUGCCAUCCUUCGUCCUCUGUGCAAAUCGCGUAAUGAGGCAAGAAGGGUUUCCGCUA